AUGGGCCGAUCAUACGUUCAAAUUGGUGCCCUUGCCCCCCUCAGCCGGCCGGGCUGGAUCGAUGCUGGGAGGCACUUGCUUGCGGGGCUCGACCUGGCCAUCGAAGAGGUUAAUAGAGCUGGCGGCAUCGCUGGAAGGCCACUUAAGCUGGUAGUCAGGGACACAGCGGCUGACCCCCAAAAGGCCACAGCCGCUGUAGACGAACUCGCUAGCCUGGGCGUUGUCGCCUUGGUGGGUGAGUACCACAGCGUCGUCGCCCGCGCCGCCGCCGUGAGGGCUGAUGCUAUCGGCUUGCCAUAUCUCUGUUCGUCUGCCGUCCUCGAUAAUCUCACUGAGCAGCCAACAAACUGGGUAGCGCGCCUCGCCCCCGCCCAGUCCAAGAGCUGGCAGGCCUACGCCGACUUCCUUUUGGCCAUGUCUCAUAACAACAUCGCCAUAGUUGCCGACCCCACGAGUGUCUACUGGGCAUCCGGAAUUAGGAUUCUACGGGAGCAUUUCGCUCCCCGCGGCGGCACGGUCAUCGAGUUCAACAUACGCGAACUCGGGCCUGGUGACAUAUGCGAUGAACUCGCUCGGCAAGAUGGACGUGUCACAGCUCUCCUUCUUCUAGUCGGCUUGCCAGAACCAGCGGCUGCUAUCGUCAAGGCCGUCAGGCAUGAUCAACGCCUCGCUGGACUCAUAAUGGGUGCUCCAGCUGGACAACCGGAGUUCGCCGAGUGGGCAAGGUUGCUUGGCAACGAUGGCGCUGCCAUACCUUUCCUCCGUUACCUACCCGAGCGGCUCAGCCCGCUAGGGGCUCGUAUUGAGACCGCACUCUGCCAGAAGUUGGGUGAGAUGCCCUCCUUCGUCGCCUUCGAAGGCUACGACACGAUCACUAUCCUCACUGACAUCUUACGCUUUCAUGGAACGAACCGGAUGCACACUGCCCCAUCAUGGGGACGCGUCUUCAUUGAAGGGACCCGUGGUCCGAUCAGUUUCUCCCGCAUCCCAGGCAUCAAUGUGUGGCAAUGGGCGUGGCCGUCAGUCCAAGUCGUCGACCGGGACCCUGCACACCCCACACGCUUCCGGACCCUUCAUACUGCCUGA